GAAGCGCGAGAUGAUUUCAAGAAGGAAUGUGAUUCAUUAGAUAUUAGAAGUGGAAGUCCAUUAAGUGGAACUCAACAACCAUCAAUUAGCCCUGAACCACCAUACAAUAUUAAACCGGAGCCAAUAUUGGACGAUGAAGUUGGAUUAGAUAGUGCUGCAUUACUUGCAGCGUCAUUAUCGACAUCGCCAUUAUCGAGCGGUGUAGCAUCCUCGAUUUCAGAAGAAUGUACCCUGUUAAAUAUCGAUCGCGCUAAAUUUGAGUUACCUGUACCGCAGUCAGUGCCUCAGGAUUUAAAUACUCAAUUCAUAUGUGAAACAGCUUCAAGAUUAUUGUUUCUUUCAAUUCAUUGGAUAAAAAGUAUUAGAGCAAUAGCAUCAAACCAUUCAACCAUGGAAACAUUAAUGAAGACGAAAUGGUGUGAUUUAUUUAUUCUGGGCCUAAUGCAAGUUUCAAAUCUUGUUGAUAUACCAACAUUGUUAUCUGCAGUGAAUAAACAUAUAGGAACAUCUCUAAAUCUCGGUAAAUUAAAAUUAGAAAGGUUUCGAGAAAUAAGUGAGCAAAUUGAUUUACCAACUACAUCCACUGAUGCAAAUGUUCGAGCAAUACAUGCACAAGCACUUCAAGAAUUUUACGAUCAUUUACUUACAACGGGUAAUUCUAAUUGUGACGAAAGUAUAAUGGAAAAUGAUAAUUCUUUGGCUAACAUUGCUCAAUCAUCAAAUCCACUGAGCAUUGUUGAACGUUAUAGUCAACUUUUAUUAUUAUUGCCAACUCUUCGAUGGUUCAAUGAAUCAGUAGUGGUUGAAUUAUUUUUUUCGGGGCUUAUUGGUAAUUUAUCGAUAGAGACAGUAAUGCCUUUUCUUUUGGCAAUGGAUGUAAUGAAUGCCUUUGAAAGUCCUGUCGCUAGUGAAACUUUAGCUGGAACGAAUACUAUGGUAAAUAUAUUGGAACAGAAAUGA